GGAAUCUGAGUAUGACAUUCUCCACCGUCCAUAAGAAUACGCGAUUACAUACUAUCAAUGUUUAUUAACCAAGUUUCCUGUUAAGCCCGUCGCUUUCUGUGAGAGCACCAAUGGUGCUGUCAACUUUGACGUUCGGUUUUCCCAUGAAUUAUAAUGCCCAGUUGGAGUAUUUGCUUCCGGUUACUUAAGUCCCCUACAAGUGUUUUCGAAAUUUGUUUACAGUCUGUUUUAGGGUUAUCAUGUUUAUCCGCUCGCAUUGUUUUCUGAUUAGUCUGCUUCCUAUUUUCUCUAGUUUGGUUAUCGUCAGGUAUCCUUGAAUCCAUUUCGACUACGAACUAUCAGCAUCUGUUUUAAAAGGUUUGAAUUCGUUCCUUGGAAAUGCGGCGGGAUUCGGAUCACGAGGUACAUGCUCACUAUUUUAUACCCCUUUCAGAAUCCAAAAUACAUUCAUGGGGGAUUAUUCUGCAAAUUUAAAAAUGUGCUGGAUGCUUCUGAUGAUGAAUUCAAAGCGAUUCACAGAAACUCUCACGAGGCCAUUGACUUGAUGGAAAAGAAAGUUAGAGAUGAAUUUUCUACUGAUGAAACUCGCCUCUCAACUCUGUUGGAUAGGUUCCACGCUAGACUGGGUUCUAAACCUAAUAAUGACAUCCGUCACAAAGUAAACCAAUUAGCAUUGCGACUUUCAGCAAUCGAUUGUCGUAGUUGUUCUAUCCACAGGUAUCUGUUUGUUCCGUAUAUAUUAUCCAGCAUCAAAAAUCGUGUUCUUGCAUCCAAAGAAUACCAGGAUAACUUAGAAACAUUGGUUACCUCUUUAGAGAAUUCAUACAAUUCAUUAAGGACAAUUAUUAUGGAGGUCGAUGCGAUGGAAAGGAAUUUAAUAAGGUUUUCUAGUGAUUGGCGUCUCUCUCAAGAAAGCGUGCUGUCAGAUAUGCGCUCCAUGCAGCAUAUUAAAGAAAAGUAUUUAAAUUUGUCGAAAUCCCUUAGUGAAUCAGAUCGUCAAUUAAGUGAGUUAUUGUCAUCCGUUGAAAAAGCACCUGAUCAGCGCCUUCUGAUGUCAUGGAAGAAAGAAAUUGAGGAAAUCAAAGAACGAAAGGCAAUAUUAUCUAAUCGUGUAGACCAGUACAUGGGGAUUGAUAUCGAUACCACAAAAGCUGAAAAACAAUUAAGCGAUGCUCUUUCUCAAAUGGUAUGGUUUCUUUUGCUGGGAAUAAGUUUUCUUUAUCUCUACUAGGCAUCAGUUGACUCACAGUUACAGAAAAUUAUGGGCUUCAACGCAUGGAAUUAGAGCUAACUCCUCAAUAGAAAGCACUUACACCUCAAAAGCUUGUUGUAUCUUGUCUAUUUCACUGAUUACUUGGGUAUAAGCAUUCAUUGCCAAACGAAACAGCACGAUCUCUUGACUUUUUUGUCGACAUAUAUUUAUACUGUUAACUUACUUAUAAAAAAGAUUUUAGUCUCAAACAUUCUUAUAAUUCUACUUCUAUGUUCAUACACAUGUCAUAACUUUUGUUUCCGAAAGACGUAACAAUAGGAAUUUAAGCAGUUUCCUGAUUCUUGAUCAUAAUCAAAUUACUGACAUAGUUAUGAGGAGUUAGUUCUUACGUAGGUUAAAGUUUCGGUUUUUAUGUAUUGUAGUUCCAAGGAAUUUUUAUAAAUUCUUAUGUGAAAACAUUGAUUUCUUCGAAAUUGGUUGCACUGGAGCUGACGAUUCUCUUCUUUGACAUCUAGCUUUUGAACAUAAUGUCAUUUUGUAUUUUUUAUUUUGACACAACCUAUUCUUUUUUGUGAGACUCCAUUAUACUGGUAACGUUUUUUCCAGGUGCUAGUUUGUUUUUGCCUGUCUGUCGGUUAGCAUUGCAUAGUAUGAUACUAAAUUAUAGCCCAUAUAUCAAACUUGAACAGAAUUGCUUUGUUCAGGAUUACCAUCAUUUUGAUUUUCCUCAGCUGAAUGAAUCUUGCGGAUUAUUCCACAAUAAUAUUAAUGUAGUUCUGUCUUGCUUACCUAAGUUAUUCGAUAGUAUCUAAACAAAUCAUUUGAAUGUUUUUACUUUUGACCACUGAUGGCUAGAUGAUAGAUUUCUCGUGAAUUAUUCUUUAUCAGAAUGAGGAUUUGUGAACAUUGUAGUAAUUUUAAUAGUUGGAUUUUUUAGUCGAUCUAAACUAGACAAACAUUGAAAACCUCGAAGCACUAGACGGCCGUUUCUUCCAAGUAUGGGACUCCUGAGCAGUGCGCAUCCACGAUCCCGCACGCGGGACUCG